UGGGUGAACAGGACUAGGCUAUCUCUGCCUUCUACUGUAGACUACAGAGCUAUUGGAAUAGCAGGUGUCACUGGAACCAGCUUUUCCCACUGGGUUUUAUAUCGGCAGUUGUUGAGGUCGAAAUCGACCUGUGAUUUCGAUUUAUUUUUUUCGAUACAGUUGAACGUUUUGGAUUUUGUAUUAGCCCACCAGGACCAGGUUAAGUGAUUUGUUUUUGACAGCUGAAGGGAGGCGAGAUGGAUAAAAUAGUGUCCAGACAUCUCCCGGGGAAUCCAAGGUUUCUACCUAUGUCGAAUCACUGGGUAUUGAAGUCUCUACUGGAGAACCCCAUGAAACUACCCCUCCUCCUCCAACAACAUGAACAACAACAUGAAGGAUUUGAGAAGGAGCAAGAGAAGGAGAAGAAGUUGGAUGAGGAGAGGAGUGCCCCCCAGUCAGCCUUCCUGGGGCCCACGCUGUGGAACAAGACUCUCCCCUACGAUGGAGACAACUUCCAGCUGGAGUACAUGGAUCUGGACGAGUUCCUGUCGGAAAACGGCCUCCCCUCUGAACUCGCCGUCUCCACCCACCCCAACCAGUACCAAUCACAGUCCCAGCACCAGACGUCAAUCAUGUCACAAGCCUUGCCCCCGGUGAUUGACCUUAGCAACCAUGCCAGCGCAUCAACGUCGGUACACACAAGCAUGGGCGCACAGAACUGUCUCCCUAGCCUCGCCAGAGCAGCCCUGCCGUCCAGAAACACUCCCAGCCCCAUCGACCCAGAGUCCAUCCAGGUGCCAGUGAGCUAUGUGCCUGACCCUGCUGACUUGGUUUUGUCCAGCGUACCGGGACAGGAGAUGUUCGACCCCCGCAAACGCAAGUUCGCCCCCGAGGAGCUCAAACCACAGCCCAUGUUCAAGAAGGCCCGCAAGGUGUUAUUGCCAGAUGACUUGAAGGAUGACAGGUAUUGGGUGAGGCGUAAGAAGAACAACGUGGCUGCCAAGAGGUCACGUGACGCCCGUCGACUCAAAGAGAACCAGAUCGCCAUUCGAGCCGGUUUCCUGGAGAAGGAGAACUCCGCCCUGAAAAUGGAGGUGGCCGAUCUGAGAAGAGAGCUUGGGCGCACAAAGAACAUUGUGGCCGAGUACCAGGCCACACAGGGGCCUCUGUAAUGGGACUGAGACAGAAUACACUCACAAACAUGGAGAAUACACACACACACACACGCACACACACACACACACACACACACACACACACACACACACACACACACACACACACACACACACACACACACACACACACACACACACACACACACUGGCCCUGUUGCCCAGGCCCUCAUUCAUCCCUGAACACCCCCAGAAGCAUGAGGUUGAGAGGCUGAGCUUUACAUCUGCCUGAGGCUACCACCUGAUCAAUGUCCUCCCUGCUCGAAAACUGCCCCCACACACAACCUAGGAACUGCCUCCUACCAUCUCACAACUCGUAUCAAGAGAUUGAAGGACAAAAUUAUUUAGGCUCAGUAGGACAUUUCUACUCAUUUUCUAUACCAUAUAUUUCAUCCUCAUCCAUGUCUCUCUGUGAUUGGCCCUUGUGAGGGAAAGCGGAUAGCUUUCUGUACUGUCUAUGAGUAAGAAACGGAAUGAGUUUAUUUUAUUUCCGAUCUGUGUGUGUUUUUCAUUUGGUUCUUUUCUUUCUGAUGUAGUGUAUCUGUCCAGACAUGGCUUUUGUGUUAUUUUCUGCAUUUUUCAUGGCUUUUACUGAGGUGUUUGAUUUUCUUAUGAAUGUGUAUGUUGAAUCUUAUGUUACCUACCCUCCUCCCUCUCCCUCUUGAUUCAUAACGUCUGUGAAUCAUCUUGUGUUCAUGGUUGCUUCGGUUUUUCUCUGGUUUCCAUAGUGUAAAUGUCAGUUGAGACGUCUCCCCCUGACGUUACCUGUCUCACUUUAUCCACCUCCCUCGCCGUCUUCUUCUCCAACAGAUAUAAGCUGUUUGUAACGUGUAAACAAUCACUGCUCAUACUUUAAAACCUCUCCCAGGCCUACAUACCGCUAGCCUGGGUAUCCGACUGUUUCUGCAUUAAGCAACGCUACGUUGUUGCCAUAGUGAGGCGACAACAUGUAGGAUAAAUCGGAGACAGACCCGGCCGCCAGGCUAUUAUGAUGUCAGCGUCAUCGUUCUCAUGUUCCUCUUAUAGCAGUGUUAUGUAUAACAAAGGUUUGUUUCUAGUUCCUUGUCACCAGAUCACUCUGUUGAACAGAACAAGUUCGGGAAGCUAAAGCAAUAAGGCAGUAUAAAGCUCUUGGUCUCCUCUCUACCAAGCCUACUGUCACAGACACGCAUGAAACUGCCCUCUUUAUUUUAGCACGUAACCAAUUUGUAAUUGCUUUUAUUAGUUGAUAUUAUGAUAUUUAUGUCUUUACAUAAAAUCAGGCAUGAUUCUAUUUGUUGUUCAAGCAUUCAAAUGUGAACAUUAUCAGCAUCUGUGCAGUAAGGCAAUAGUUUUUAUUGUGUUAUUUUUCUUUUCUCAGGCAUGACUUCUCUAUGUCAUGCUCUUGUCUACAGAGGUACGGUUGUCCAUAUUAGGACUGCCUCUCAGUCCUGCCGAGAUUGAAAGAAUUCCUGCUGAGAAUGAGGCUGUCCUAAUAUUACCACCGUACAGAUGCUCUCCCCAUGACCCAAUGAGAGAUGAAUGUAACAGAUGUACUACUGUAUAUAACAAAUUAACACAGUGUACGUUGGGCAAAUGAAUGGUGUUGCCUAUACAGUACUGUGGAAUAUACCCACAUCACUUUAUAUAUCUCUUUACUACAGACCAAAAGAUUACAGUAUAGAAAGUAUAUGUUAAUAUAUGAAAGUUUUUGUUGUUUUUACAAAGAUAUUCUUGUUUUUGUACAGUAUUUUUCUCCGUACAUAUAUCUCCUGUGUAUUUAAAAAAUGAACUAUGUAUAUUCAGAACUUGUUCACCUCUACCGAUGCUGUUUCUCAGAUACUUUGCAUGGGCAUUACUCAAGACAACCUUCCAUAUGAAAGUGACAGGCUGUUUUACAGACCAUAUGAAAGUGACAGGCUGUUUUACAGACCAUAUGAAAGUGACAGGCUGUUUUACAGACCAUAUGAAAGUGACAGGCUGUUUUACAGACCAUAUGAAAGUGACAGGCUGUUUUACAGACCAUGUGAAAGUGACAGGCUGUUUUACAGACCAUAUGAAAGUGACAGGCUGUUUUACAGACCAUAUGAAAGUGACAGGCUGUUUUACAGACCAUAUGAAAGUGACAGGCUGUUUUACAGACCAUAUGAAAGUGACAGGCUGUUUUACGGACCAUAUGAAAGUGACAGGCUGUUUUACAGACCAUAUGAAAGUGACAGGCUGUUUUACAGACCAUAUGAAAGUGACAGGCUGUUUUACGGACCAUAUGAAAGUGUAGUCAGUCUCACUCUUUAACCACUCACGCCCACCACAGACAAACUCAAAACGCUUUGCUGUUUUUGCUUUGAAAAGUUUUGUAUGUUUUGUUGUGUUGUUUCUUUGGUUUGCAGAAGCAGAAGCUCUGUAGUCUAAGAGGAAGAUUGAUAUUGGCAUCCCUUUUUAAACUCUUAUUUGUAUUGUAUGUAGUUUUGGUUUUAGAAGAAAUUCAAAUCCCAACAACAAGCGCUUAUGUUACGUCUCUUCUUAAUUUCUCCCUUUUGUGUGAUUAUUCCUACUUUCCUCUUGGUGUAGGGUUCACUAGACAGAGUACUUAUAUGCUGAUAUGUUAAAAUCUGUAUUUUUCCAAGUAUUCCUCCCUUGUCUUUUGUUUGUUUUUCAUGAUCAAAAUAAAACUGUUGAAAUCA